AUGGAGAUGUGUUUCACCCCUGGAGCAGCCGUUCCCGCAGGGACGUCGAUCCCGGUGCUGGCGAAUCCGCGUCUGGCGGAGCUGCGUGAUCCUUCCGAAGACUGGACCGGCGUGACCAGCACGGCGGAGAGGCGCAAACUGCAGAACCGCUUAAACCAGCGAGCACGGCAUGCGGACUCAGAAUUCGAUCUGACCGCGGCAAAGAUAAAAUUAGAAACACCAUCAAGCGCAAGCCCCGAGUCCAAGUCUCUCGUAGCCACCACCCCCAAGAACGUGUUCAGAAACAACGUCUCCAAGCUCUGCGAGCUCGGCAACGAGGAGACGCGGCAGAUGCUCUCCAUGUUCGCUGAGGAGGCGUACGUCGACUACAUCAACGGCAAACCCUGUCCGGCGUACCUCACGACCCUCGUACGCGUCAACGUCUUCCACGCCAUGGUCCGCAACGCCCAGGCCCUCGACUUCAACGCGGAGUGGCUCACCUACGAGGCCAUCUCCCCCUUCAACAAACUGGGUCCAGGCCUCGGCCCAUCAACGACAGGGCCGUCAUGCCCGGAGAACAUGCGCCCCACGGCGCUGCAGCUUGCCGUCGAACACCAUCCCUGGAUCGACUUCUUUCCGCACCCGCAGAUGCGGGACAAUUUCCUGCAGAUCGUGGCGGACAAGGGCGAGGACUACAUCGACGAGGAUGACAUGUGCCGGGACAUUGUGGACGUGGGGGCCGGGGCCGGGGUCGAGGAGGCCGCGCUUAUUGUAUGGGGCGAGCCCUGGGACCCGAGGGGGUGGGAGGCUACGGAGUCCUUUUUGAGGAAAUGGGGCUGGCUUUUGGUUGGCUGCACGGAGAUGCUCGAGGGGACGAAUUAUUGGCGGGAGAAGCGAGGGCUGAAGAGGCUCAAGUUUAACUGA